AUGGAAGCUAAGAGGGAUCCAGUCAAGGUUGACGCCGAAACGGUGCCGCCCACGUCGACGCCGUCGGGGCUCCCGGACCAAGGAGAGGCGGAAAAGGCUGCUGUGGAUGCAGAGCCAGACGUCGACCCCAACGAGUAUCCCACCGGCCUUCGCCUGGUGGCCGUCAUCGUGGCCUUGGUCCUCUGCGUCUUCCUCAUGCCGCUCGACACGACCAUCCUCGCCACGGCCAUUCCGAGCAUCACAGCCGACUUUGGUCUGGCGGAUGUCUCGUGGUAUGCCUCCGUCUUCUUCUUCGUCGUCGCCGGCUUUCAGUCGUCCUGGGGCAAGGCCUUCCGCUACUUCCCCCUGAAGCCAGCUCUGAUCCUCUCCUUGAUCAUCUUUGAGCUCGGGAGCAUCGUCGCCGCCACCGCCCAGUCAUCCGUCGCCCUGAUCAUCGGCCGCGCCGUCACUGGUCUUGGCGCGGCCGGCAUGUCCUCGGGCGCUUUCCUCGUCGCCGGACUCAUUGGCCCGCCCCGAAAGCGCCCCAUUUACAUCGGCAUCAUUGGCGUCUCGGCCUCCAUCGGCGCCGUCAGCGGGCCCUUGAUUGGUGGAGCGCUGACCACCGGCCUGAGCUGGCGGUGGUGCUUCUGGAUCAACCUUCCUCUGGGCGGCGCCGCGGCUCUCUUCCUGCUCUUCUUCUUCCGCACCCCGCCGUCGUGGAAGCCCAAGCAGGAGACCUUUGCCAAGAAGCUGUGGCAUUUGGACCCCGUCGGCGUUGCGCUCGUCAUGGGCCUCAGCAUCGCCUACACCCUGGCUUUGCAAUAUGCCGGCAACGGCGCGAGCUGGGGCUCUGGCAAGGUCGCGGGCCUCCUUGUCGCGUUCGUCGCCAUCUCGGUUGUCUUUGGCUUGUGGGAGUGGUAUCAAGGCGACAAUGCCAUGGUCCCCGGCCACAUCGCCCGCCAACGGGAUCUUGCCGUCGGUUGCGUCGUCACCUUCUUCCUGUCCGGAGGCUUCUUCAUCUCCGAGUACUACCUGCCCAUCUACUUCCAAGCCAUCGACGGAGACAGCGCGCUGCAGUCCGGUGUCAACUACCUGCCCACCAUCAUUGCCAGUGGCGUCGCCAUCUUGGUCUUUGGCGGCAUCAUGUCUGUCACGGGUGUCGUGACGCCCUAUCUCCACGCCUCGGGCGUCAUCUCCGUCAUUGCCGCCGGCCUCUUGUACAUGCUCGACCUCGACACCCCCACGGCCCGUUGGAUCGGCUAUCAGAUCCUCUGGGGUUUCGGCAGCGGUCUGGGAAUGAACAUCCCCAUCCUGGUUGGCCAAGAUCGCGUCGACCCGGCCGACAUGUCGGUCGCCACGUCACUCAUCCUCCUGUUCCAGACGCUUGGCGGCUCUUUCUUGGUCAGCGCGGCCAACGCCGGGUUCUCCAGUACUCUGCGCCAGAGCCUCGUGACGGAAGCACCCACCUUGUCCCCCGAGGAUGUCGUUGCUGCUGGUGCCUAUGAUCUGAAGAGCCACUUUGGUGGCGACGGGCUGCAUGGAGUUCGAGUGUCGUACAUGGAUGCGCUGCAGGUGGUGUUCGCGGUCAUGAUUGCCUCGAGAGGCGUGAGCUUCUUGGUAGGCCUGGGUAUGUCGUGGAAGAAAUUGGAUGCCGAGAAGAUGAAGAACCCGGGACACCCAGUCUAG